UUCUGUGAAACAAAAAGGUUUAGCAACCUUUGGACUAAAUUUCAAGUUUCAAUAUUAUUCAAUAAGAAAGAAAAGAAAACAAUAUUUUUUAAGCAAAACAAGAAAGGAAUUUUCAAACUAUAGAGUUGAAAUAUCCAAAUGUAACCAGAUGAAACCGAAUCGGGUUCAGGCAAGAGAGCUUACACCAGUUUUUAUUUGAAUUAUUUGGAAAGUAGGAAAUCAAAGGAAAGCAAAAAUAAGCAGUGGUGAAUCAACCACAGCAUCAAAAGCUCAUUGUAGCGAAAAUAUCAUCAAUUUAUGGCAAACCGAGAGGCCACUAUAAGAAGCGAAACUAAAGCUAAAAUGUAAAAGUAAAAUAAUCGUAAAAGUAAAAGGUGGCAAAAAAAUAACAGUUUUACAGAACGCGCGCACCUAUCGAUUAAACUACCCACUACACAAAAGAGUGAGUAGCCUUGCAACAUUUCGACGACCGGGGAAAUGCGAUUAUAUUUCUAGGACAGAGUGGCUAGCAACUAUUCACGCGGGUUUCAACUUCAAUAUAUGUAUGUAAUUGUAUAAGUGUUGGGCAAAUCAAACUAAACGGGCGUGAGGAGAUUGCAGUUGGUAGUGGCAACGGGAUUGGAUUUGAUUACCUUCCGUAAAUAAGAAGGGACCGAAACAACAGGUAAUCACUCGUUUAACCAGGCUAUUAAAGAUAGACUGUAUGAAAAGAGGGUUGAAGUAAAUUUAGCUCAUUUGAGUUCGGGUGGACAAUUGUUCUAAACGUAUGAGGCACAUGAAUCUGCACGUGACAAAUAGAUACGAGCAGAAAUUUUUAAGAGGCAAAAAAUCACGAAAUCAGAAAAUCGACUUGGCAAAAAUCAAACAGCUGGAAAACAAUGAGGGUCGCGGGGAAAAUUCAUAAUUCAAAACCUAAAACGGCUGCCGAUUCAAUUGGACACACAACAGGUUUAGAAGCAGUGCCUUCACAAAGAGCAACAAAAGUCGUCGGCAAUGCCGAGCUGGGCUUGCGUAAGAAAAAAUCUUACACAUCGCUUCUUUGCGAGCUGACACGUCUUAAGUCUCAGCAAAAGUAUCUCGAAUGUAAUCAGGCCAAGUUAAAUGCGACUCACUAUGAGGAUCCACCGAUUAGCGGAAGAAGUAAAAACAAUAAAACAUUACAAAUGAUAAAUGAAAUUGAAACCCUUAAAGCGUAUUUAGAAGACAGCUUGAAAACUUAUCGGAACAACUGUUAUUGUGAAGUACAAGAAUUACGCCAAGUGGUCGGCUCCAUACGCGAAGAUGUUCAGCCCCAGCGUUUGAGCCAAUGCUCAUUGCCGGAAUUGCGUGAGCGCAUUAUUAACACAAAUACUCAACUAAUACGACUGUGCGACAAAAACGAAAAGGAAUUGGAAAAACUGCGCGAUGAGUGUGAAAAGAUAGAGCGCGACAAUAAAGUUAUCGUGAAUGUUUGAAAUAAUAAAUUACAAGUUUAACAAAUAAAGAAUCUGAAAGCAUACAUAUAUAUA